GCCGAAGCGAUUCGCGGGGGCUGAUUGACAGAAACUCUUCGACCAGCCCUGCGUGUCUUUCUUCCAAUGAUUCGAGGCGGAGGUCAGGUCCGCUGAUCGUCGUGCUUGUAAAGGGGUGAGGAUGAUCUGACCUCAUCUCCCCUCUGCGUCCCCGUAUGUGUGACAGCCCAUAAGAGCACAGUCACCCCAGACAGGCUUCUGGAGAUGGCGGCUACGUUUGAUUCUCUCCCACGCGUAAAACGAUAGCAAACAUGGAACCGCGAUACAUUGCAAACAACUUGCCCACGCAAACGCUGCCGUCCACAAAGGCGCACGCGCUGCUUGUCCAAUCUCUCGAAGCAGUCCUCACAAAUACACCACCGCUCCAGCGGUACACGACUCGCCAGCUGGGCGGAUUGUACAGUGGGUAUACUGGCAUCGCCUACCUAUUCUUUCGACUGAGCAAGAGACAUCCGGAGCUCGAAGUCAGAGGCCAUUGCCUAAAUUUCUGGGCAUCCAAGUACAUGGAAGGAGAUCGCUCGAGCGCGGGACUCACCAAAGGCAACUGUGGCUUGGCUUGCGAGAAGCUUUCAUUCCAAGCUCUCAGGGCUUGCAUGUCUGGCAAGAAUGACGACCUAUUCGAAUUUCUUGCGAAUAUUCCCCUGUUGCUCGGGCCGUACCCAUCGGGCGACUUCUACUCAUCCGAGCUCAUCUAUGGGAGGGCCGGGUUGUUAUAUUUGAUCCGGAUGAUUGAGGCGUACUUUCCUGGAUCCAAGUCAUACCUGAACUCGCCGAAGAAUUGUUUGACAAAAAAGAUAUUAGAGACGAACGACGACGGGCGCGGCAAUUGGGAAUGGCGAGGGAAACGAUAUUUCGGCGCGGCGCACGGAGAGAUUGGGAUCAUCACGCAGCUCGUGCUCGCGAACCCCAAAAUAGCACCGCGGCUCCACGAUCGGUUAGAGGACCUACUUGAUCUGCAAUGGGAGGAUGGCAACUGGUCCUCCAGCGAGCUGAGGAUGCGCGAGGGCAAGAACCCAAAGCUGGUCCAGUGGUGUCACGGCGCGCCAGGCUUUGUGAUCUCGCUCCACUCGCUGCGAGAACACUUUCCAGAGCUCGAGUCACGGAUUGACACGGCCAUCCUCCGCGCCGAGGAUAUCAUCUGGCGGCACGGACUGCUGACAAAGGAGCCAUCGCUAUGCCACGGUAUUCUGGGGAACGCCCUCGCCCUACCCAAAGGCUCGAAACGAAACCACUUCUUGUCCUUGGCAACGACCGAGUCCAUGGAGAAAAUGCGCCGCCAUGAUCCAACACUUUUCGAGCCGGCUUCCUAUGACAAAGACUGGGCCGUCAUGACAAAUUACUACACCAGCGCGGCGUGGGCCUGGGCCACUCUGGAAGACGAAACACCGAGGAUGAUCUUUUACAACGAUGUGUAGAAGAGAUGGAUGCGUUUAAUAAGUUCUGAAGCAAUACAAGCCUUGUUUGACCAUAGCAAGCUGGUGAUCAAAUGGACCAGAACGGUGAACUUGUGACCAUCGCUGCUCGUGGCCUGCGGAUCCCAUGCGUACGCCACAAUGUUUGAAGUCUUGGACCCCUAUUCAUCCAGCGUCCGGGACUGCACGCCCACAAUCAGCCACGCCAUCCAAGGGUGUCGUUCAAGAUGAUCGCCUCCUUCGGCAGGGCUU